GUUUCGUGCUGCUGCAGCGUCACGGCAGCUCAGGACCUGCCGCCGGCGACCGCAACCCCUCCUCCUCCGCCUCCGCCUCCCCCGCAGCGCUCGCUGCAACCACUGCGGCCCUCUCCGCCUGGCUGCCCGCCCAGCUGACCCGACUGGCUUGCGGCGGUGGGGGCGGCGGUGGGGGCGGAGGGGGUCCGCAGCUGCCGCCCCGCAUGCGGCGGCGCCUGCUGGUCUUCCUCACUGCGCAUUUGGCACUGGGGCCGCGGGGUACGGAGGUGGACAGGAUGCGUGCCGUACAGUCCCUCUCGGACCUCCUGGAUGUUCUCGAGGCCGUACUGUACGACAUAUACGAGAGCGGCGAAGGCGGCGAAGGCGACCAAAGCGGUACUGCACAUGAUGAUGCCGGCGUUGGUGAAGCAGCCGCAGCAGCAGCCGCAGCACCAGUAGCAGCAGCAGCAGCAGCCGCAGCACCAGUAGCCGAUGCCUUGCUGCAGCUGGCGUUUGAAGUCAUGAUGGGGAGUCAUACUGGUGCUGCUGCCGUCGGAGGUGGUGGAGGUGGCGGCGGGGGUGGUCAGGAGGUUGUUGCUGCGUUGCUGCGGCUGCAGGCCCUGGUGCCCGGGGCGCUACGAAACCACUUGGCGGCGCUGUCGCUGCUGACACUGGGGGCGUACGGCAAGGAGCUCCAAGGCCUCAACCUCUUGCUGCAUAGGGCCCUGCAAACCCCCGGACCGCAAACGUCUCGGCCAUCAAGGCGCGGAGCGCCCGCACAGGCGGCAGCAGCCGACGCGGCACUAACGCUACAACCCCUUCUCGCCGCAGUCGCAUUCGGCACCUCCGCUGCUCCUGCAGCGGGGGCUGCACCAGCUGCCGCCUGGCCUGCAUACCUGGCGACGGCGUUACAGCGCGUGAUGAAGACGACGGCAACGACCGGCAGCAGCAGCACGGACGGCGGCGACGGCGGUGGCGGCGACGACGAUUGUACGAGACACUCACAUGGGGAUCUGUGCCUUUUUAUCCAAUGUCGUCGUCUUCUGCUGUCGCUCUGGGCUGCGCCGACUGACAACUCGUACAAUCUGUACGGCGAUGGGCCCAUUGGCGGCGGCGGCGGCGCAGGAUACGACUCAUCGUUGCCGCCGUCAUGUGAUCUGCU